CGCCCGCCCUCCGUCUCCGUCACCCGUCAGCCGUCAGCCACCAACGUCAGUCGGUCGGUUUUCAUUUCAAUUUCAGUGAAAAUUUUCAAACAGAAAUCAUAAACCCAAGCAUAUGGUCGGUUAUUUCCCCUUUUCAUACUUAAAAUUCUAAUCAUUGCUCCUUGUGUUCAAGUUUCUUAAAAAAUACCUACACAAGUAUUGUGCAUUCAGAUAAAAACCGGCUUCAUCAUUACGGAUAAUACAACAGAGAUGGCGGAGGCGGCGGUGAUCGACGAGUCCGGCUGGCUGCACAUGGUCGCCAACGCGCUCAGCGUGCUCACCAUCGGGUCCUGCCUGUUCCUCAAGGUGCCGCAGAUCCUGCAGGUGCAGGAGAGGAAGUCGGCCAGGGGCAUCUACAUCCAGGCUAUGCUCAUGGAGAUAUUUGGCUUCACCAUAAUGACUCUGUACAACUACGUGAACCACUACAGCAUCCUGACGUACCUGGAGUACCCCAUCAUCCUGAUCCAAGUUUACGUGCUUCUGUACCUAGUGCUCAAGUAUAGGAACCUUCUGGAAAACGCCGUCGUCCCCGCCGCGGUCUGCAUCUACAGCCUCGUGGUGACACUCUUUGCCAUCGAGAUACUCCCCAAGGCCAUCCUGACUUUCAUCGUGCCUGCUGUUACCCUGUUCCAUGGAGUACGUCCUAUCAGGCGGGGCGGGCGUAUUAUCCUGGGAAGGGGACCAUUCAGCCGAAUUGGCGAAAUACCGAUCUGUACGCCCCUCAGCGGAUUCGCCAAAGUGACCUACAUGUACGGAAUCAUCCAGACUGGCAACGCCGAGGCCGUGUCCCUCACUACUUGGAGCAUCUCGAUCGCUACUAAUGCAGUGCGCAUCUUCACCGUGUGGGUGGACUCCGGCGACAGCAACCUGAUGACCAACUUCGUAAUCUCGACCCUGCUCUCGACCGGCGUGCUGGUGACCGCCAUGAUCUACCAGAUGAAGACCCGCGCCAAGAAGGAACACCUGGCCCAGAUGCGCAAGCUGGAGCUGCUGGAGAGGAAGAAGGCCCGAGAACAGAAGUGCAUCUGCCCCAACGAAGACUGCUCCUGCAAACGGCGACUGCUCUUCUAAACUGACUCCGGAUCUCGAUCUCAAAAGCUUUGAAACGCUACCAUACCGGUAACAGUAUACAUUAUUUCCUUUAUGAUAUUAUUAUUGAUAUUCCAUUUAAUGCGACUUUGGCUAUGACCUUCGAUGAUUAGUUGUAGUUAAAUGUCUGUUGAUUAUAAAGAUAAUUAAAGAAUUGAAUUAAAAUUAAAAUAAAGAAUCUCAGUCCUGGCAGUGACCAAUAGUUGAACACAUGAUUGCGAGUACCAAUGAGUACUACAUAAUAUAAUUUACGGCCUCAGAAUAUUAUAUAAUCUCGAUAUUAUAAUCAUUGCUGAAAUAUUGAUUCAAAAUUAAUGUCUAUUGACUAAUUAAAUUAAUAAGUUUUUGCUGUUUAAAUCAUACGUUCUACUACAUAUAGCAGCAGUUUGUGCCAUUAACACGAGGCUUUUAUUUGAAAUAGUCGGAUUGUAUGUGAUUCAACAUUCUAGUAUAAUUGUUUGUUUGCUCUGUUUACACUUUUCACUUCAGCAAACUAUUGCUAUAAGACUACUAGAGUGCAAUCAAGGAAUGUUUUUUAACUUAUAACAUUAAUAUAGUAAUUUUAUGAAUAGUUCACUAUUGCAAUGUUACAGUACAAUAGCUAAAUAUAACUAAAUGUUUAAUGUAACUCUUUCAUUCCCAGUAGUUUAAAUCAGAGUUGGGAUGAAUUUUAAAUUUCAAUUUAACAUGAUAAAUUUCAAGAAUUCUUAGAAAAAUAAUUGUUGUUAUUAAAUUUAGGUGUUAUCUUCCUAUAAGACAUUGAACUGUUUAAGUUUAUUGUUUGCAAAGCAUUUAUUAUAUUGAAUACUAUGAUUACUUGCUCAGAAUAUUUAAUGAUAAUUUCUCGGUAUACAAAAUGAGUGAUUUACUAUGUUACGUUUUUAAAUUCAAUAUUCACUUGUGAAAUGAGUUAUUUUGUACUUUAAUUUGGGAUCGAAUUAAAUGAAAAAAAGUGAAAUCAUUUAAAUUCAAUACAUUUAUUUUCAAAUUCACUAUGGGAAUUUGGUUGAAUCAACAUUUGUUUAAAUGAAAAAAAAAUGAAUGAUGAAAGAUUUUUAUAAAAAUAUUAGUAAAAGCUCUAAGGUUUAUAAAACCUAAAGUUUGGGUAGAUAUCGUUUAAUAUUGUUUGGUCCCUGGUUAUGAAAUGCUAUAGUGACAUUGAAGGCAAACAUACUCUAAUUUUAGCAAUGCCAAACGACACAAACCUAAAAUUAUAUAAACUCAACAUAAUGGUUUUAUUAAAUUACAAUUUUUCCCUAAUGCGAAAAAACAUGUAUUAAAACAAGCAGUAAAUAUAAUCAUGGAUCAACCAAUGUACCGAAAGAUAUGAUUUGACUAAGGUAUAUUAAAAUAUUAUAUUUAUUACUAUGAUUCUUGAUUACUUAUGAACAUUAUUUUCAUUAGCAUUAUACAAUUAAAAACAGACAGUAACAAAUAUUUGUGUGAAAUUAAUAUCGUAUGAGUAACUAGAUAAUUUUGACUCUCACGCCAGAUUUCGAAUAUGAAAAUAAAUAAAUGUGGUGGAUAUUAUAUCUAUAUGCAUUAUUAUAUUUAUAAUUUAAUCUAUCUUGAUCAAAUCAGUCGGUUAUGAUAUUAUUUACAACAAUGAAGAGUGAGUAGCCACGGCGAAGCCAUGAUAGGAUAGAAGGGUAAAUUUACACUUUAAUCUUUUAUGUUAUUUUUAAAAUAUACUAUUCUUACCUAUUUCUUUAUAAUUACAUACCUAGUAACUAUUGAUGCUGCGAUGGGAAGAAAAAUUCUACUAGUCUUUUCAUAAAGUACAUAACAUACCACCUAACAAUGUGUGUAGGUGCAGGAAUCUAGUUAUGUAAGAGAAUUUUAACUUGUCAUUUUAUGUCGUAGUAGAUCUAGUGAGUAGUUGUUUAAAAAUAUUGAUCAUUAUAAUUAGAUGUAAUCAACUAAUUAUUCACUUACUAGUCCAAAUUGUUUUGUUUUUAAGUUUAUUAUUGUUGUGCCAAUUAUGUAAUCAAUAAACAUUUAUUGAUUA